CAUUUGUUUACUUUGUCAUUUGACAUUUCUCCUCUUUUUCGCAAAAAUUAUCGAUAAAAUUAGGAAUAACACCGCUAAUCUAGUUGUGUAAUCUGAGAUUAAUUUUUAAUCUCGGAUUAACCAGAGAGGAAUUUUGUAUGGUAAAUCUCGUUUCUUAAUUACGGAGUAUCGAGUUAAUCUCGUUAAUGGAUAUAAUCUCGCUAUAUGUAAACAUACUAUUAAAACAGGAAAGGCGGUGCAUAGUUUUCAAGAAUAAGAAUUAAUAACAGAAGUAGGGGAAAACGCAAUAUCUUUGCCAUUAAUUUCUUUUCCGUGCUAUAAAUUGUAAUUUUGUUUGGUAUGCUUCGUUUACUAAAGUUACUUUUAUAGUUGGUGUCGCACAAAAAAACUUUUACAGGACCUUCGCUCGUUCUUAGAGGAUUCCUAUUCAAUGGAGAAUAGUGUGGCAAAGAACAAAAAAAUUCUGUUAACCGAACAUUUCACGAAUCUACUGAAGAAGUUUAUUAAAAACGACUGGACAUUAGUGAUGAGCGAUAUUUCACUACCGGUGAUUUUUUCACUGUGAUUGAAAAAUCGCAAAUCGCAACUGCGAUCACUUUUUAUAAAUAGCAGUUCGCUUCUAUGAACUGUGAUUGCGAUCGCAGUUCGAAACUGUGAUCGCAGUUCGAACCAGUGAUUGCGAUCGCAGUUCGAAACUGUGAUCACAGUUCGAACCUGUGAUUUACGAUAGCAGUUCGAACCUGUGAAUUACGAUCACAAUCGCAAAUAGCAGAAAAGUAACAACUUUCUUCAGGGUAUUGUAUAUAUCGUAUAUGCUAUUUUUCGUCAUAGCGGUUUGAAGUUUUGAGUGUAACGUUCUUAUAUAAAGCAUUUUGUGAUGAAAACAAGAAUUGUAACUAAUUAAUUUCAGAAAAAAUUAUGGAAUAAAAAAAUUACGGGUUUUUAAUAUUUUCCCAAAGAUUAGGAAACUCGCGUUAAUUAUUUGGUCUUGAAAAUAUUAAAAGCGGGUAUUCUAAACAAACAAAUUAUCAACCACACUAAUGGUAAUUCCUUCUAAGAAAUGUGUGAAACCAUCAUACCAACAUAUGUACAAAUGAACUAUGCAAUACGCUCUAAGUGUCACGUAGCCGAACCGCUCCAAUAUUUGCGAAAAUGUAGUGAAAAGAAAGGCGGAAAACCUACGUAAGUGGUAAGUGGAACAGACCCGGACUUUUAUUCGGCCAAACAGUGUCAAAUUGGCAGAAUCUGCCGCUACAACAACAACGACGACGUUUGAACGUCGACUUAGUUGCGAUCGCAAUAGCAAUAUAAAAUCACAGUGAUUUAAAAAUAGCAAUCACUGAAAUCACAGUGAUUAAAAAAUCGCAAUAUCGCUCAUCUCUACUGGACAUGCCGUGAUAUCAACCGAUAUUUGUUUAAGUUGCAGCUCUUUGGUGGUUAUAAGUUUAAUCACACCACUGCCUUGAAACUGUGCGUGAUGAAAGAGAAGCUGUGUUAUAUCGGUGAUGACAUCGAGGUCGAACAGCUAGUAGAUUUGAAAACAACGAUGAAUGACAAGGUAUCUCUGGAUUAGUGUUUAACAACAUACAAACGGGCGAUAUACGAUCUUAAUUGUACAAGCAUACCCUAUCAUCUGGUGCUUUGUGUGCUCAAGAAUAGUGUGGAUAAAUUAGCGGCAAGUAAUUUACAAAAGAUGCCGAUAAAGUAAAACAUUAACAAAUUGCUUCUCUUUAGUUUUUGCUAAAUAAAUAGAUAAUAUUUAAGUAAAACUAUUUUGCUACUAUAUAAUGUAAAAGAAAUGUGUACAAACGAAUAAAUGAAUUGGUAGUAGACAUAAAAAUGCAAAAUAUAAGUAUAAAGUUAUUUUUAAAUCGAAAAAAUACGAACUUCAAAAAGUGGUAACUUUGAACGCAAAUAACUCGCGGCUGUAACUAUAUUGUUACAAAAGUAGUAUUAAGUUAUAUUUGUAUUACUAUAUGCAUCCCUGAUUAUGAACAAUAGCUGUAGGUAUAUGGAAUAGCAUUUGUCUUGUUGUAGACAUCUGGCGCCACGGCUGUCUGCUCGUCGAAACAAUAGACAUCUGGCGCCGCACUGUCUGCUUGUCUAGGUAAACAAUUGCUGAGUCUGGCGCCGCGACUGUCUGCUUGCGUCUGGCGCCGUAUAGCCGUAUGUUCUGGUAAUUUCCAGACGCGAUAUUCUAGAAGGACACGUCGGCAUCAGCGAGAAGUGCGUGGCUAUAUAAGCCGUGGCAGCGCCAACGUAAUCAAUCAGUGCUAAGAGUAAACUGUUAUAGUGUAGACGAGUUGUGAAAUAAAGAGUUGUUGAAUUAAAUUAAACAGUGUUGAUUUUAUUUGUCAAUCCAGAGAUACGAACCUAACAAAGUAAACUAGCAAGAGUAAAUUCGUAACAAUUGGUGUCAGAAGUGGGAUUGUCAAAUAAUCCAAAUUCAAAAUGGUUAAAUUCGGAGAAUUGAGAAUUCAGCAAUUAAAAAAGGAACUGGAGGGGCGUAAUUUGCCGAUAAGCGGGCAAAAGGCGGAUCUGUAGGCACGAUUACGUGAAGCAAUGGAAGCGGAUGGAAUUAAUGUCGACGAAUUCGAAUUUGAUGGCCCAGAAACUUCUACAAAGGUAGAAGAAAAAGUAGAAGAACAACGAACAUCAUCAAGUGUGGACAUGAACAUGCUGUUAGUGGCUAUUAAGCAAAUGGCAGAGAAUGCAGUGCAAACAGAAAAUCGUCUGGCACAGCAAAUAGCUGAAAAUACAUCACAAAUAGCAGACAAUGCAGUGCAAACCGAAAAUCGUCUGGCACAGCAAAUAGCUGAAAAUACAUCACAGUUAGAGUCUCGCCUUACACAACAACAUCGUUUGGUACAACAGAUCACGGAAAAUACUACACAACUACAAAAACAAGUGCAAGAGAAAUUUUCAAAAUUUGAAGACGAAUUAAGCACUUUAAAAAAUGACGAAGAAAAUUUAAAAGCAGAAGUUCUUCAAUUAAGUAAUCGUGUGCGAGAACUGCAACUGCAUGGCCCUGCACCAUCAACAAAUAAUCAAAGAUUGAAGGCACCCACAUUCGAUGGAAGUAUUCCAUUUCAAAUUUUCAAACUUCAGUUUGAAAAGACAGCAACGGCCAAUAACUGGAAUGCAGCGGACAAAGUGGCGUCCUUGUUUGUAUCAUUGAAAGGACCGGCAGCAGAAAUCCUUCAGACUAUUCCAGACUGUGAACGGGACAACUAUGAGGCAUUGAUGAGUGCGAUAGAAAGACGUUAUGGUAGUGAGCACCGGAAACAAAUAUACCAGAUCGAACUGCAAAAUAGGGGUCAGAAGAUGAACGAGUCAUUGCAAGAGUUCGCAACUGAAAUAGAACGACUGGCUCAUUUGGCAAAUGCAGAUGCACCUGUGGAUUACAUUGAGAGGGUAAAAAUUCAAUGUUUCAUAAAUGGAAUUCGUGAUGUGGACACCAAACGCGCCACAUAUGCAAUGCCAAAAAGAACGUUUGCUGAAACGGUUUCGCACGCCCUCACACAGGAAACAGCUUCCCUACUAAGUAAACCAGCACCCAAAGUACAAAGGGUUGAAAUGGAACAACCGGCGCUGAUGGAGGAAAUAUUGAAGACUCUGAAGACAAUUGCUGCACCGCGAGUAAAUACAACAGGCAGAUGUUUCAACUGGGGAAAGCGGGUCACUUUGCCCGAAAUUGCAAUAUAAAAGUAAACCCAUCAAAACGGAAACAACCAACAGAUAACGAGGACGGAGCAUCCACAUCUCACAAGUCGUUAAACUAAAACGGAACAGUUCAAAGGGGCGUGAGCUGGUUCCCACAACUAUUUGCCCCACCAUCUCGAUAUCACAAAUAGGUCGCCAUGACAACAAUCUUACUAUCAACGGUAUCGUAAAUGGACGACUGUCAACGCUUACUUUGGAUACUGGUGCCACACAUUCAAUUAUCCGACCGGAUGUGGUAAGAGGAACGGUUGAACCAUUAGUCGGUUGCAAGCUUCGAACGGCCACCGGAGAGGAAGCAGCUGUCGCGGGAAAAGUGUUUUGCGAAGUGAUGAUUGGUACCCUGGAAGUUAAUCACACCUUCAUC